AUGAAGGAAGAUUGGGAAACGACGCCAGAAGAAAUAAAUCACAAAACGCACAGUCUGGCGAGUGUGUUCCGGCCAACCUCUGUCUGGGGUGGAAUUGUCCAAGAGUUGUGUGGGACCAUUUUGGCCUGGCAACCUCCGCGUUGCCGGGACGUGAGAGACUUUGCCGUCGACCAACAAGUCUUGUCUUUCUUCGUUGCUAGCCCGACUUGGCCGAGGGUGUCGAGUGAUCUGCCGUCGGAGGACAGAACUUCGCUAUCUCUCUCUCUCUCUCUCUCUCUCUCUCUCUUCCAGAACGAGCGAACCUCCGGAAGGAGGUAG